AUGGCGCGUAACAGCGAAAAAGCUCAGUCGAUGCUCUUCCGGUUCCGGGCCCAGCAGGCCGCGGACCUCGGAAUCAUCGACAUCGGCCGCACCCGCCGGCCCAAGGCGAUCACCUCGGUCGACUCGAUCCCCAUGUGCGAGAAAUGGCGCGGGCAGGUGCUCAAGGAGAUCUCGCGGAAGGUGUCGCGCAUCCAGGAGCCCAGCCUGAGCGACUACCAGAUCCGCGACCUGAACGACGAGAUCAACAAGCUGAUGCGGGAGAAGUGGACGUGGGAGAUGCAGAUCCGCAACCUGGGCGGGCCCAACUACAUGCGGGGGUCCGGCCGCGUGUUCGACGACGACGGCCGCGAGAUCCCCGGCGGCGGCAAAGGGUACCGGUACUUCGGGCGGGCCAGGGAGCUGCCCGGCGUGAAGGAGAUGUUCGAGGCCGCGGCCCGCCGCGGUCGGCCUGCUGAGGAGGACGAUGCGGAGACCGUCAAGGGGGGUCGGGGCGGCGACAUCGCGACGAAGAAGGUCGAUGCCAACUAUUUCGGGUACGGGCUGGACGAGGAGGAUGGCUCGCUGCUGGCGUAUGAGAAGCAGAAGGAGAAGGAGGCCGUGGAGCGCCUGCGCAAGAAGGGUGACGAUGGUGACGAUGGUUGGGAGCCGUUGCCGGGCGAUGCUGGGGACGGGGUCGAGUGGAGGCUGCCCAGUCUGGAGGAGGUGCAGGAGGAGCUGGUCGACCGGAGGAGGCGACGCCUGCUGGAUAAGAUCUCCUGA